CUCGGGUGCCGCAUUGGGUGAAAGGAACGACGCACAGCAUAGCGCUGUUGACGCUGCUGCAGCUCAGACCCCUUGCAUCCGGAAGGCAUCCCUUGCAUUGGGUUGGGAUGUUCGAGAACCCGGCAACCCUAAAAAUUACCAUCCUCUUAGGUAACAGAGACCAUCGCCCAGUUCGGUGAAUAUCUGCGUCGGGUCAACCACGGUAAGAAGACAAGGAGUGUACCACCGGCGUAAAGUUUGGCAGGCUGCACGAUGCCAGGAGGUUUGUGCUUCGUGCAGAGCUGAGUUCUCGAGCUAUGCAAAAUCGCCACUGCCUGCGACCAGGGUGUCAAAAUCUCUCAUUUCGGAUACUGUCAAGGGGGUUGGCGACUCAAUCUUCUCUGGUCAACAGGAUGCAUCACCGCCCUGCUCUUAGAAGGAAGCGCCAACAUGGAACCCAAUGAGGGCUUCGCAGAUGUCCAAACCACGAUAGGUCGUCCACGAAAGUAUCUGGGCUCUGUUGCGCGUGUUUGGGACAGAUGACCGGAGCCAGGGGGCAUCGAGGUAUUGGAGGUUGCUCUCCUCCUCGAGGCAUCCAUAAUGACUUCACCAGCAAUGCAGUUCUCGCCUCCAAGCUUGGGCUAUGAUGCUUCUCUUUGCUCGUGGUCCGGAAUUUUCCCGGCAAUGUCCUCGUGUCAACCACUCCCUCCAUCUUAUCUUUCCAGGCGGGUAUGAUUGUAUGGCCUGGGCGUGUUCUCUGUGGCAUUGAGGGAUCAGCAAACCAUCUUGACGGACGUGCUCAGAUGGCGAGGAGCUCUUCCCAGAGACUAUAGUUGGUGCCGCAACAGGUCAGCUUUUUGACGACAGAAUGUCGUGAGAGAGAAUGACAUGAAUUGGAGUGCUUGCCCUUUGAUACCCAAGGACGCUUGAAGCGCAAGAAUGCCAUUUUCCUUGGUGAGAACGUCUGCGUUGCUCUUGAGGUAGGCAGUAUGAGUGACGGUCUGGCUUGCCUUAAUCCUCUCUAAGAGGUAUACUCUGAGGAUGAAGAUGGCGGAGAGCAGAACUACUGGAAGAUGUUUUGCUGAUGUUGUCAACAAUGGUCACAGGCAAGAACUGGGGCACAGCUCUCCUUUCUGUCGUCUGCUGCAAAAGGAACAAGGAGCGGGAGGUGCAACAAGGCGCGGAGGGCUCCUUGUUGGCACAGCACGUCAUCGUAUCGUACAAAAGAGCAGCUGAAGAUCUCGCAAGCCUUGGACAAGCCGUGUUCUGAUCGUUCGAGCCAUCAAAGAGGGGGGAGAUGCAGUUCCAGGUCGUCUCUAUGCCUCGUUUUCUUGUGGGAGUCAAUGCAAGGUGGUUUGCUGCCCGCGCAUUGUCGAGGGGUCAGGGUGAUGCCGAACCUUUGUCCACAGAUGGCUUGUUGCAUCGUGGACAUUGCUUGCUAUGUGAAUUGUCGAGCCACUAGGCGAAAAUUCGCGGACAGUCCAUUCACUUUCCAUCUUCAAACCUGCCUAGGAUUUCUCUUCCACCUUGUCUACACCUCACCGCCAUCCAACUUUCCCAUCACCGAUACCUCUCACACAACUCAUCAAAACAUCUUCAAACCAUCGGCGUUUUCCACAUUCCUGAACUCUCAAACCUCAACAACUCGAAGUCAACCGUCCAGUCGCAAUGAGUCCAAUUGCGGGUAACGAAGCCUUCCUGGCCGCUUGCAUCAAGUAUGCCAAGGAGAAGGUCACUGUCGACUUCGAAGCUCUUGCGAAUGAACUCAAGAUGAGCAAGGGUGGCGCUGCCAACAAGUUCCGUGCUAUCAUGAAGCAGCUCGAAGAGGAUGGUGCGGCGUGGACCACCAAAGACGACAAGGCUGAGCCCCAAGCUGCUGCUGCUACAGGUGGUAAGCGCAAGGCCACUGCCAAGAAAGGCGCUCCGAAUAAGAGUUUGGCGAGAAUCACUCCCAAGACCAAGGAUGAAAUUACAUCUUCCGAGACCGACGAGACCGACAACGAACCUCCCAAGAAGAAGGCCCGCGGCAAAGCUACCAAGACCAACGCCGCUAAGCUCGCCGAAGGUGCUGAGAUCGACAAUGACGCCGAUGUUGCUACCACGCUCGCAAAGAAGUCCAAGGGCAAAGGUGUCAAGAAGGUCAAUCCCGCCACUCCUGAUGAAGGCAGUUUGGGUGAUGAUGAAGCGACGCCAGGCGACCACGAGGCAGCCAAGUAUGCAGUGAAGAAGGAUGUGUCCACGUCGAAAAUGGUCAAAGCCGCUGCUGCGAUUUCCAAGACCGACACCGUUCCACCUCAGGAUGACAACUAACAAGACAUCAAGACUUCGGGCCAUCAUUUACAUGCACUGAGGGUUUCUUGGCUUCUCGGUUACUCAAGUUGGUGAUCAUGGAUUGGCAUUGAAGAGAACUUGGGUAUUGGCGUACGACGGUGAACACAGGGCAAAGCAUGACAUUUGCAGCAGAGAAGUGGGAUGAUUGGUGAACGACUCUUCUUCUGAGCACCACAGAGCAUGUAGCUAGUGACAGCAUCGCUGAACAAAAAAAAAAGGCGC